AUGAGAAAUCGGGUAGAAGAUAUUUUGGGUGUCGAUCUGGCGGAAGCAAUUCGGGAAGAUGGAGAAAAUGGGCAUGGUUGCGCAAGGGAGCUGAGAUUCGACUCUGAGAUGGUUGGUGUUGAGCCAGUUGGAGAUGAUAGUGAGGAUGAUGUAUAUGUGUAUGAUGAGGGGUUAGGGAGUGAGGAUGGAUUUACAGAAUGGGAUGAGGAGGAGGAGGAGGAGAAUGAAAUGGGAGAAGGAGAUGAUGGAGAAAAUCAGGGGUCAGAUUAUGAGUCAAUUCAUGGAAAUCUAGGGUCAGAUUAUGAGUCAGUUCAUGGUGAAAACGUAGUUGAUGGUGAAGGGUUCACAACACCAAAGAAGGGCAGACAAAUGGUGCAAACUGUGUUUGGUGUUGAAGAGGAAAUACCACCCCCAAUUUUGGGCAUGGUAUUUGGUAGUUGGGAUGAGUUAGAUACUUACUUCUGGAGCUAUGCUAGGCAAAAGGGGUUUGGAAUAGUGAGGGCUGCUUUUGGAUGGGUGAAGGUGAAGAAGGAAUUGGGUACUGGAAAGUGUUGUAAGCAGCGAAGGAAUGCUAAGUGGACCUAUGACUGCUACGGAAGACCUUAUAGGAAGCGUAAAAUUGAUCCACUGAAGGAAGGUUUGAUUCAGGACGAGGAGACAGUUGUACAAAGGAAAACAAAAAAGUGUGGAUGUGAGGUGGAGUUGUAUGCAAGUGUUAAUGCAGAAGGGAAUUGGGUUGUUCGUAGGGUGGUUUCUGCGAAGAAGUCAAGGGUGAAGGUUUCCCAGAUGUACGGUUGUUUUGGUAGGCAGGUGAAUGGAGUGGAUCAGUUGACUUUUACUCAAAAAGACUUGACGAAUGCGGUGGCUGAGGAGGAGAAAAAGAGGCUGGAGCUUACCGAGGGUGAUGCAAAUGGGAUGAUUGAGUACUUCAACAAAAUGAGUGCAGAUAAUCAAAAAUUUUUCCAUCUGUGUAGGUUUGGGAAGGAUGGUUCCUUACAAGAUGUUGUAUGGGUGGAUGCGAGGAGCAGAGCUGCCUAUGAGGAGUUUGGCGAUGUUGUCUGUUUUAUUAGUACGUACUUGACUAACAAAUUCCAUUUUCCCUUUACUGUAUUUCUUGGUGUGAAUCACCACAGACAGAGUAUAUUGUUUGGUUGUGCAUUGAUCUCUCGAGAGACAGCAGAAACGUAUGAGUGGGUGAUGAGGACAUGGCUGCAUUGUAUGGGCGGUAAAGCCCCUACAGCUAUUCUGACGGAUCAAGAUCCGCCAAUUAGGAAAGCUGUGCAUUGUACAAUGGCUGAAACAACCCAUAGGUGGUGCAUAUGGCACAUCCUACAGAAAUUUGGUAAGUAUGUGAAGCAUGAUAAUGAUUACAAAGUUUUAAAGGGUGACUUUGAUAGCCUCAUAUACGGUAGUUUAGAUUCUGAUGAAUUUGAAGCUCGAUGGUGUGAUGCAAUUCAGCAUUACGAGCUACAAGACAACGCUUGGCUAGAGGGUUAG